ACUGUUGCUGUUCUCACCGGUGGCUCUUCAUCAAUGCGGCUGCAGGUGCGCGCGGAGGAUGUGACUUAUAUUCACCGGAGAAACGCGUGUGUGUGUGAUGGGCUCAUGGUGAUUGGGCACUUCACGUGAAAUUAUGUACCAGGUCCCCCCAUGCCAGCCUGUAACCACGACGACCACUCGCCUCCGUGAGCCGCUCGUCUGUUCGACUGGAUGAGGAACCCGGCCUCUGGUGAUGUCAUGCACAGGUUCGAGGUUCUUGGUAUCGUGGGUGAAGGAGCCUAUGGUGUGGUCUUAAAGUGCAGACACAAGGAGACAAAUGAAAUUGUGGCCAUUAAGAAGUUCAAGGACAGUGAAGAAAAUGAGGAGGUGAAGGAGACGACCAUGAGGGAGCUGAAGAUGCUCCGCAUGCUCAAGCAGGAGAACAUCGUAGAGCUGAAGGAGGCGUUCCGCCGACGAGGGAAACUCUAUCUGGUGUUUGAGUAUGUGGAGAAGAACAUGCUGGAGCUGUUAGAGGACAUGCCGAAUGGAGCUCCACCUGAGAAGGUGCGAAACUACAUCUACCAACUGAUCAAAGCCAUUCACUGGUGCCACAAGAACAACAUCGUACACAGAGAUAUCAAGCCAGAGAAUCUCCUCAUCAGCGCUGAUGAUGUGCUCAAACUAUGUGACUUUGGUUUCGCUAGGGAUCUCUCUGAAGCCACUGAUGCAAACUACACUGAAUAUGUGGCCACCAGAUGGUACCGUUCACCAGAACUGCUACUCGGGGCUCCGUAUGGGAAGGCAGUGGAUAUGUGGUCAGUGGGGUGUAUUCUGGGCGAGUUGAGUGACGGUCAGCCUUUAUUUCCGGGAGAGAGUGAGAUCGACCAGCUCUUCACCAUCCAGAAGGUUUUGGGUCCUCUGCCUCCGGAACAGAUGAAGCUCUUCUACAAUAAUCCACGCUUUCACGGCCUACGGUUCCCAUCAGUGAGUCAUCCACAAACCCUGGAGAGAAGAUAUCUUGGGAUCAUCAGUCCAGUCGUGCUUGACCUAAUGAAGGACCUGUUGCUGUUGAAUCCGAACGAACGCUUUCUGACCGAGCAGAGCCUGAACCAUCAUGCCUUUCAGACCCAGCACCUGACGGAGCGACCCGGCCCGCUGACACCCACACCCAUCCGCUCGUCUAAGAGGAAACCUAUUCUGGACAACAGCGCCCCCAGCAGGGGUCAUGGGGUCAAGAGUUCUGGUCACCAUCGCUCCAACAGUCGAGACUGCUCCAGUUUGCCGCGUCACGGGCACGAAGACCUCCACCCGUCCAGCACGGAGGCUUUCCUCAACGGCUCGGCGCCGUCCGCCAACAGCUUGAGUCCUGUUAUGCAUCCCAAAUCCUUUCAGCCGCUCAACCGCUCGGCGUCCUGUGGUAAAGACCUGGCCAGCCUGCAGCACGCUAAAGAGGCCAAAUCCAAACUUGGUGACUUUGAUUUCGGGAAACCUACGGACGGACCCGGAGCGAAAUACCUGAAAUCCAACACACCUCGUUCUCAAAACCGUCACUCUUUCGUGGAGGGCAAGAACAACACAAUGACAGGAGACAGGGAGAAACUCAGUCGCCACGGCUACGGUGAACCAACUGUGCCACUUGCGUCAAUGGGCGGAAAGGCGUCAUCCUCAUACCUGAGUCUGUCAAAGAGUCACGGAGCGCUCACAGACGCCAAGUCCGUCAGCAACCUCAGCGACAUGCGCCUCCACCCAGACGACCCCUCCGGAUCUCCACGGUACUUCCCCGGCAGCUGCCUGGACCUCAACAUGAACCUGAACCUGCCGCAACCGGGCAGCCCGUCCCUGCAGCACGGGGAACGAUCCGGACACAGUCCCGCUGUGGGCCGACGCAGCAAACUGGAACGAGACGGAAGCGCGGUGGAGACGUCCGGCCGGCGCUCCUCGUCGCGGCAAAAGAGCCAACAGCAGAACGAGGGCAACUCCGGCGACUUACUGGACCCUGGAGGCGGAGGAGGACUCAACCUCCCAUCCCCUCGAGAUCUCCCAUACGGUGUGGGCUACACAAGUCCCUUCUCCUCCCAACAGCGCCCCCACAGGCAUUCCAUGUACGUGAGAAGAGAACGAGGGCGACCCCACGGGGGUGAGACAGGCGGGUUAGCGGUGGCACAGGGAAUGCCCACCAGAGCGAGCAGUCUGCAGCUCCUGACACCUCAGCUCCAGCAUCGAACCCUGCCGAGACAGAUAGGCAGCUCCGUCUCACGGGACGCUGGGUUAGAUGACAUCAGGAAUGACACGGCGGCCGCAGAGGUCAGUCACGCGCGACCCUUAAUCCGGGAGUCCACACGGGACAACACUGCCGCCUUUCACACGGCCCGACAAAAGAGCGAGGGGGGCGUGUAUCAAGAGCAGAUCACGGAUGACAGCGGUUCAGCCAAAGAGAACCGAAUGAUUUACAAUGACUCUGUCCCACGCCGGGUCGGGAGUUUCUACAGAGUGCCGUCCCCCAGACCUGACAAUUCCUUCCACGAGAGUUCAGGGGUCACGAUGGAUGGCAGCCACAACAUCCACCAACAACCCUAUGACCCCUGGGCGGAGUCUGAAGGGCUGGACAGGAGCCCACCUGAACCAACCAAAGAGAAAGAGAAACAGGGUUUCUUCAGAUCCAUGAAGAAGAAAAAAAAGAAGUCACAGACCACAGACGCUGGUGAAGACGGAGGUCCUGUCAUGAGAAAACCUCUGUUUCCUCUUUUCUCCUCUCAGAGGAGCUUCACGCGGAGCUCUUCUGAGAGGUUUCGCCCCCUAGUGGCCACACAAAUGGUGGCGAACGAGGGGCCGGAUCAGGUACUUAUGCAGAAAUCAACGCGGUCGUACGGACAUCAGGGGAGCAGACAUCGCACCCGCAGCAGAGACCGAGAGCGCAGCCGUGACAGAGAGACAGACAGAGAGAGAGACACCGACUGGCCCACAGAGAGAAUACCUGACACACACUCUCAGCCCCUGAAGUCCUUGCGGAAGCUUCUUCAUCUCACCUCCUCGUCGUCCUCUAACCAGACCUCCUCAGACCUGCACUAUCCUCUACCGGCUCAGUCCUCCUCCAAAGGCGGGAGUUUCUCAGAGCCCCGCGGUCUCGCUGGCUCCGUGCAGGUCAAAGGUCGUCAGGCCGGGUAUCCGGCUCCGGGCUCUCUGGAAUCCACCUGGCACUCCACUGCUCUGGGUCGAGCCGAGGGAAACCCGUAUCCCGACCAGCUGACCUCCAAACCAGGCCCGAACGGCUUCAGUCGCCAUUUCCGUUCACGACUGCCAAACCUGAAUGACCUUAAAGAGACGGCGCUGUAAAUCUCACGAGGUGCCCCCUCGUGGACCGUUUCCUCUCGUAUAUUAAGGGUAGGCCUAUGUGUCUGGAUCUUUUUUAUUUGAUAGCACUCCUUAUAUCAUUUAUGUAAGUAUUGUUUUUUUUUGUCAUCGAAUAACUACGGUCGAAAAUAAGAUGAUAUUUCUGGAUGUAAAUGGAAAUAUUUAAAUGUAUAGCACUCUAUGUGCAGGCUUUAGGUUCUACUCUGGUUAUAGUGUAUAUUAUCUGCAUAGGUACUCUUAUAUUUGCCUAAACAGGUCGAGCGAUCGAUGUAUAGACGACAGUAUUGACAUUUAUUUUCUAGUUAUAGAAUAAGACUAUAGUAGAGAAUUAUCACUUUGUCUUUGAGUAAUUUCUGUUUACAAUUUAGCAAAAUAUUAUGACUAACAGGAGCUAACGGUAAGAUUGUGUGCCUGUGUGUGUGUGUGUUUGUGUGUGUGCAUGCUGCCCAGAUAGCACACGUGUUGUCUAGAUGUUUGUGUUUUAACAUCGUAAGAGUUAAAGAGGAGAAUUUAACAUCCAAUCGAUCAAAAUAAGAUGAACAGCUCUAAAAUGCUCAAAUAUGCGUGCGCUCUCUGGGUUUGCUUGAGUCUUUUGUAAGCCUUUUAAAAACCACAGCCAGUGAAAUUUCUCAAGCCUUUUAAAUGAAAACUAAAGCAAAAACGUCCGAUCAUUGAGUACCAAAUCUGACCAAUCGUAUGAAAUGGUUGUGCCUGCACGUGCUGGCCGUCCAUAUCCACUGCAAAAAAACAACAAAACCUUUUAAGAGAAGAUAGAAAAGAAAUGCCUUUUUUAUUUUUGACGGCAGAUUACUUUCUAUGAUAUUUACUGUAUGAGCGUCUCUCCCUCAGGUCACGAGUUCUUUGAACACUGCAAAUACAAUUUUACAUGCAAUAUCAGAUGCAGAGGUUAUUUAGAGUAAACGUUUCUGUUUAGGGAAAUAGAGCCAGUGUGUGUGUACGCAAGGAAAAUAAAUAUUAAAAAAAAUGUAUGCAAUAUGUUAUUUAACCGGAUAAUCCUUCUAAAUAAAGAACAUGUUUCUCUAGCGAGGAGGCGUGUAUGUGCUCUAUGAUUCAUACACCAGUCGGGUACCAGAGAUGUCAAAGACCAGGAGCUCCUGGAAAGAUGCAGGGCAUCAGCGAUAUGCAUCUCAUUAUUCUCAGAUAUAAUUCAUUCCUCAAAUCAUGUUCAGAAUAUUGUCAAACAUCUGACAAUUAACAAUGAAUUAUCCGAUAUGUCGUUACAUCGUCUCUGUGCUCCACGUGUCUGUUAUGUAAAGGCUGUGCAAUAGUUUUAAUAUUUGUUGAUUUUUUUCCAGUGUCAUGAUAGAAUAUUGUGAUGGAUGAUGUACAGUCUUCAGACUCGAGAGAGAAGAUCAUUCAAAUAACCAUAUGAUUAUCUGUUUAUUUCAAUAAAACUCUGUUAGAAAAGUA